AGGAAGUAGGCGUCUCUAUAACAUUCAUCAGUUCAUGUUGAACAUGUGUUCAGGAAGAAGAAACUCACAACUCAUCUGAACACACAGAGAUUCAGAAGAACUGAAUACAAGAAGAUCACUGAAGAAGAGAAGAAUGAAGAUCAUCUGGACUUUGACUCUGCUGAUGAUUCCUGGUGUGUUGGGCUUCAGAGUGACGGGAUAUUCAGGAGGAGGAGUCAGCAUCACAUGCAGAUAUGAGACACAAUAUAGAAACAAUGCUAAGUAUUUUUGUAGAGGACAGAAUCCAGGAUGCUCUGAUCUCAUCAAGACUGAAGAGAAAGAUAGAUGGGUUUAUUCUGGAAGAUUCUCUCUUUAUGAUAACACCAGUGCUGCAGUUUUCACUGUGAAUAUCAAAGAUCUGAGAAAAGAAGAUUCUGGGACGUAUCAGUGUGUAGCUGAUAUCUCUUGGGCUGCAGAUUCGUACACUGAAGUCAAUCUGAAAGUUUUAACAGGUCAGAAGAUCAGUGCUGUGUCGGGAUAUUCAGGAGGAAACGUCAUUAUAAACUACAAAUAUGAGAUGUCACAUAUGAACCACAUGAAAUACAUCUAUAAAACUAGAGCAGAUGGAUUUCUUCCUUUAAUAAACACUAAAAGAGCAGCAGAAUGGACACAUGUGGGUCGAUUCUCUGUUCAUGACGACAGAUCUGCUCGUCUCUUACGUGUGUUCAUCACAGAUCUGAAUCUGAACGAUUCUGGAGAAUAUAAGAUUAUAGUCCAAGUUUCUGAAGACUAUAGUUUCUUCUCUGAGUUUCUCCUGAACAUCAUCGACGACAUUGCAAAAACAACUUUGUCAUCAUCAUCAACCUCGUCUUCCUCCUCCUCAUCAUCAUCAUCAUCAUCAUCAUCAUCAUCUGCUUCUUCAUCUUCAUCAUCAUCUGCUUCUUCAUCUUCAUCAUCAUCUGCUUCUUCAUCUUCAUCAUCAGUCACAUCUUCACUGAGCACUGAAAUUCCCAAAACAUCUUCUUCUAAUGUGAAACCAGCAGGUUCUUAUCUGAUCAUCUUCCUGGUUCUGGUUGUUCUGGUUCUGAUCGUCGUUGGUGUCUUGUUACUGUUCCUCUGUAAGAAGCAUCAGUCUCGAGGCGGUGAUUUGUCGACUCAGGCUGGAGCAGGAACACGUGAACCGGUUUCUCACGGUGGUUCUGAGGAGAUGAAAGACAGACAGAAACAAUUACCCACAAACCACUCUGAUUCAUUAAACACUGUUUAUGCCGCUGCUCAAUUACCCUUCAUUGCAUCUGCUGAGGAUCUGAAUUACACCGUGGUGAACUUCCAGAGGAAAGACUGCCCGGACAGAGUCAGAUCGAGCAGUAAUCAGGAUUAUAGUGAAUAUGCUGUUAUCAGUCAUCUCACUGACUGAUGAGAAACAG